AGGCGAGGAGGAGGCCCGGCGCCCGGCGGUGCCGCGGAGCUCCGUCCCGGGCGCUACCACCGCGCGGCCCGCCUGCUCGCCCGGCUCUGCGCCGAGACGCGCUCCGGCCGCCCGGCCGCCGCGUCCUCCUUGCCGGGCCUGCGGCUGCCAGCUGCCCGCGGACGGCGGGGGAAGGACCGCGCGCCCGUGGCCCGGAGCGGCCUCCUGGUCCCCCCGCCUGGGCGGCGGAGUGCGGGCGGCCCGGGCUGGGAGCUUUGAAAAGCGGACGGAGACAAAGGCAGCAGGAAGCCUCCCGGCACCCGGAGCCCCAGCGCGCAGCCCCCGGGCCCGCACGGCGCCGGCCCGGAGCGGGGGCGGCCGUGGCCGUGGCCGUGGCCGCGGCGGGAGGCGGAGGAUGCGGCAGGGGGCGUGGGAGCGGCGGCGGCGCGGGCGGAGCGGCGCGGCCCGGGCGCGGCGUGGGUAGAGCCCCGGCGGCGGCGCGGCGGCCCAGGCGGCCCGGGAGUGAGUGAGGGCGCCUUCCCCGCCCGGGAUGUGAGGACCGAGCGGAGCCCGGGGCGGGGGGAGGGACGGGAAGGGAGGCGAAGCCGGCAGGAAGGAAGGAAGGACGGACCAGGAGGAGGAGCGGCAGCGGCCGGAGCCGGAAGGCGGGGAGGGGCCGUCCGUUGGGCCCCAGGCGGCGGCGGCGGCGGCGGCGGUCGGGGCGAACCGCGCUCGUCGCCUCCUCCCCCCCGGCUCCGCGGCGGGGGGAGGAGGAAGAUGGAGACCCACAUCUCGUGCUUGUUCCCCGAGCUGCUGGCCAUGAUCUUUGGCUACCUGGACGUCCGGGACAAGGGGCGCGCGGCGCAGGUGUGUGCGGCCUGGCGGGACGCCGCCUACCACAAGUCGGUGUGGCGGGGGGUGGAGGCCAAGCUGCACCUGCGCCGGGCCAACCCGUCGCUGUUCCCCAGCCUGCAGGCCCGGGGCAUCCGCCGGGUGCAGAUCCUGAGCCUCCGCCGCAGCCUCAGCUACGUGAUCCAGGGCAUGGCCAACAUCGAGAGCCUCAACCUGAGCGGCUGCUACAACCUCACAGACAACGGGCUGGGCCACGCGUUCGUGCAGGAGAUCGGCUCCUUGCGCGCCCUCAACCUGAGCCUCUGCAAGCAGAUCACCGACAGCAGCCUGGGCCGCAUCGCCCAGUACCUCAAGGGCCUGGAGGUGCUGGAGCUGGGCGGCUGCAGCAACAUCACCAACACCGGCCUGCUGCUCAUCGCCUGGGGCCUGCAGCGCCUCAAGAGCCUUAACCUCCGCAGCUGCCGCCACCUCUCGGACGUGGGCAUCGGGCACCUGGCCGGCAUGACGCGCAGCGCGGCCGAGGGCUGCCUGGGCCUGGAGCAGCUCACGCUGCAGGACUGCCAGAAGCUCACCGAUCUGUCUCUGAAGCACAUCUCCCGGGGCCUGACCGGCCUGAGGCUCCUCAACCUCAGCUUCUGCGGGGGAAUCUCGGACGCGGGCCUCCUGCACCUGUCGCACAUGGGCAGCCUUCGCAGCCUUAACCUGCGCUCCUGCGACAACAUCAGUGACACGGGCAUCAUGCAUCUGGCCAUGGGCAGCCUGCGCCUCUCGGGGCUGGACGUGUCGUUCUGCGACAAGGUGGGGGACCAGAGUCUGGCUUACAUAGCGCAGGGGCUGGACGGCCUCAAGUCUCUCUCCCUCUGCUCCUGCCACAUCAGUGACGACGGCAUCAACCGCAUGGUGCGGCAGAUGCACGGGCUGCGCACGCUCAACAUAGGGCAGUGUGUGCGCAUCACCGACAAGGGCCUGGAGCUGAUCGCCGAGCACCUGAGCCAGCUCACCGGCAUAGACCUGUACGGCUGCACCCGCAUCACCAAGCGCGGCCUGGAGCGCAUCACACAGCUGCCCUGCCUCAAGGUACUCAACCUGGGACUCUGGCAGAUGACGGACAGUGAGAAGGUCAGGUGAGGGUGGCAGCAUCAACUCCCCUUGUCCCCCCUCCAUUAUCCUGUCACCACCACCCUCCCUGCACUCUCAACGCCACAUGCGUCCUUAUGCGUAGGUCAUUGCAGUGGAUGAGAUGGGACAGUGACACGAAGCCUCAGGCUCAUUUUCUCCCCCCUCCAGCACCCCUGCCCGCUUACAUGCCCAUUCAUUGCUUCUGGGGGUUCCUCUGCUGCCCCUCCCGUACUGCCCUCUUUCCCCCUGAGGAUGAACAGAGAGACUCAGCUACUUACCUAGCCACUUCUCUCUACUGUGGGGAAUGGAGGGGCCGAUGGAGCUACUGUAUCCCCACUGCGCUGCAUUUCCAAAUGGGGUGGGGGUGGGGAGUAACUAGUCCUUUGGCCCUGGGGAGUUGAAGAAAAUGUCUGCCUUCACUUAAGCUUUCAUUUGAAUACUGUGAUCUGGUUUUUAUUUUGAAAUGUAUGAAAUCAAACCCGACUACAACGGCCUUUUCACCCUUCUUCCACUUUGUAGCUAAUCCCAGUUUCUUCUCAUCAUUUCUCUUUUUACAGUACUCUGCUAUUCAUGCUCAUUUCAUUUUUUAUUGCCUUUUUUUUUUUUUCCUUUUUUAAGAGAUUUGAAAUCAUGGUCCUUUUUUUCUGCUGAAUAUAUUCUAUAUAUUAUAUAUAUAUAAAUUUUAUAUAUAUAUAUAUAUAUGUCUGGCUACCUCGUUUUAGUUUACUUUUUUCUCUGAAGCCCUGGAAUUCUACAAGAGAGAUAUUUUGAGACUAAAACAUUUUUGUGCCUAGACUGGAAAGAUGCCCAUUGGGUUUGUGUCUUUUUUGUUUUGGCUUCUUCCCCACCCCAUCCAUCCAGUAUGUCCCACUUCCACAUUUUGGCUAUAAUCAUUUUUCUCCUUGUCCAUUGGGAUUUGAGAGCCCAACUACGUUCCUAAAUCUUGACUUAAUUUAUAGCACAAAUGUGUGGGGAAAAUGAGAGUUGGACUGUUUCGUUUGAGAUGCAGAUUGUCUUGAAAAUUAUUAUUAUAUAUGCAAAUUCCGCCCUACCCUCACCCUCUUCCAAGUUUCCUCAAAAAAAGAGUCACACAGUGAGCUUCCUGUUGGAAGCAGGAGCGGAGCUGCCCACAGAGCCCUGGGCUGUAAUGUGAGGGGAGGAGACUGAAAUUCAUGUCUUAUCUCUGUUCUGUUAAUAAAAUGGGAGUUUGUGGGUUUUAAAAAUUGUUUCUAAAUGGAGGAGUAGGUGACUUUAUUUUGGUGGGGGUUGGAACUUGUGGCUUUAAAAAAAAAUCGCUUUUCAGUAGGAUGUAUAUUUUUGUUGGAUUUGUUUGUUUGUUUGUUCGUUUUUAGAAUCCCUCCACAGCAACAUUUGAGACCAUGGAGUUAAAAGAAACCCAGAGACCUUUAUCAAUUAAUUGUACUGUUUGUGAAUUUGUAUAAAUAACAAAGAUCCUCUUAAAACGUUUAUAUUCUUACAGUAAAAGGUUAAACUGAUAUUUAUAUAAUAAAAGAGGAAAUAUGAAGUAUGUUUUUGAAAAAAAAAAAACAAAAAACCUUGUAGCUGUGAAUUAUUUUGAAGGCAGUGUGUUUGGGUACAUGCCAAAGUCGGAGGUGCUGUUUGUGUGCUUUCAAGUAUAAGGAAAUAAGAC